AUGGGUGUGUGCAUAAAUAAAGCCAUUAAUCCUCAAAUAACAAAGGAAGAGUUGAAGUCGAAAAUAUAUAACGCUAUAGACCUUGAUAAGGUCGGAACUUUAAAUAAUUUAUGAAAGACUUAUAUUAAGCCUAGACCAAACAUCGUGCCGUUUUUUGAAAUCAAUGAGCCACUAUUGCAGAUUCAAGGAGUAAUUAUUAUAUUAGGUUGAUAUUAAUACUUUGGCUUUCGCAAUUAGGAUCGGGAAAACAAAUAUUGUGAAAUUUUUAAUUGAAAAUUGCAAAGCAAAAAUUGAAGCUAUGAAUCAAAUAUAUAGCUCAAUUGGGAAAACUCCAAUGGAUGUCAUAUGCGAAUAUGGGCAUCUUGACCUUUUGAAGUACUAUUUACCAAUAUACCUCGAAUCCAAAGAAAUAAGGUCUACGGACUUUUCAUUUCAUGAAGACAGUUUAGAAGAUCUUUCUAUAUUUAAUUCAAAAACCAUGAAAAAAUCUUUAAAUAGAGGCCCAACUGCAAUUCAAAGGGCUUGCGAAAGAGGCAAAAUUGAAAUUGUUGAUUACCUCACAGACUAUUUUAAAGAAAAAUCAGUCCCAGAUGAGUUUAAUGUGCAUUUUGAGGAUGAAAGAACUGGAGAAAAUUGUGCUUUGAUAAGCUGUCGAAAUGGAAAUUUAGUUCUUGCCAUGCUUCUUUAUAAGAAGUGCAAUGCGAAUUUUCAUAAAUUAAACAAGAGGUCAGAAAACGCUGUACAGCUAGCAGCGAUUGGAGCCAAUAAAUAUCCUUAUAGGAAAUACUUCGAUUUGAUAAAGUUUUUAGUAGAAGACUUAGAAGUAGACAUAGCUUAUCAAUAUGAAGAAACUCUUAUGCUCUCAGAAAAUAAAUUAAUAACUUCUUAUCUGGAAUCAAAAUUACUACAGAGAGGAUUAGACAAAGCGAAAAAGAAAUUCAUAGAGAAAGAAAAUGCUAUUAAGCAGGAAACACAUGAUGAGCUGACUGGGUUGUCACCAGAAAUUAUUGACAGAUUGGCUAGUGCAGGAAGAAAUUUUGAAUUUACUGAAAUAUUCAAAGAAGAGUUAAAUGAAAAAUCACAUUCAUCUUUUGUUAGCUCUAUAAGUCCGUAUUCUGAGCCUUCAGAGAUUUCUUGCCCGAAAUUUUGGUAA